UGGCGGAUGAAUUCAUGUUGUGCGUGCCUCGGCUCUUGUCACUCAUUCGCUGUGCUGCUCGGAGCGCAUUCUGUGUCAACGGCUGAGGACCAAUUCAUGAUAUCACAUCAACCUGAAACAGGGACAAAGCAUCGUAGUCAUUUAGAUCAUAACUGAACCAACUCUCUCUACCUAUUCUACACGGAGCAUACCUUUGGAAGCGAUUGCAAUGCUUCAGAUAAGGGAUCUCAUUUGGACAUUGCUUUUCUUUGGUUAUGCAGCUGCCCUGCAAGUGGAAAUCACUCCGGCCCAGGGAGAGAUCAGCGUGGGAGAGUCCAAAUUCUUUUUGUGUGAAGUUGUUGGAGAUGCAAAGGAAAUAGACUGGUUUGCACCCAAUGGGGAGAAGCUCCAGCCAGGCAGACCAGACAUCAGCGUCAGCAAGAAUGAUGAGUCCUCGUCGACACUCACAAUCUACAAUGCCAACGUCGACCAUGCAGGCAUGUACAAGUGUGUGGCGAAAAGCGGGGACAAGGAAUCUCAGGGCACUGUCAACCUAAAAAUAUUCCAGAAACUCACUUUCCAAAAUGCUCCAUCGCCUCAAGAGUUCAACGAGGGGGAUGACGCUGACAUCAUCUGUGACGUCAUCAGCUCGCCGCCCCCAACAAUCAUCUGGAAGUUUAAAAAGACCAGAAUCCAGCCUGAGACUGAUGUCCGUUUCAAGGUCUUAAGCAACAACCACCUCCAGAUCCGUGGCAUCAAAAAGACCGAUGAGGGUGACUACACCUGCGAGGGCCGCAUCAUGGCCCGGGGAGAAAUCGACCUCAGGGUCAUCAAGGUCAUUGUCAAUGUUCUGCCAAGUAUCAGGACCCGCUACACUGAGCUUAAUGCCACUGCAGACAUCAACCAGGCCGUGACAUUGGCCUGUUACGCAGAUGGCUACCCAGAACCCACCGUCACGUGGGCACGAGCUAAUAUCGUGCUGGAAUCAGAUGGAAAGUACAGUCUGAAUGAAGAUGGGUCGGAGUUGACCAUCAAAGAUGUCACUAAGCUUGAUGAAGGAGAUUACCAGUGCAUCGCUAGAAAUAAGGCCGGAGAGAGGAGCGAGGAAGUCUCACUCAAUGUGUUUGUACAACCCAAGAUCACGUUCCUAGAAAACCAGACAGCGUCUGAAUUGGAGGAGCAGAUCACACUAACUUGUGAGGCCACGGGUGACCCCACCCCCAACAUCAUCUGGAGCUUCGGUCGCCGGGUCUUCACCGAGAAUGAGCAGGCUUCAUGGACUCGACCUGAGAAACACAAGAGUCUGGAUGGUAACGUGAUCGUGCGCAGUGAUGCCCGUGUGUCCUCUCUGACUCUGAAAUACGUGCAGUUCACCGAUGCCGGCCAGUACCUCUGCACUGCCCGCAACUCCAUUGGUCAGGACAUCCAGAGCAUGUACCUGGAAGUGCGCUAUGCUCCAAAGAUCCAAGGCCCUGCGGCGGUGUUCACCUGGGAGGGUAAUCCGGCUAACAUCACCUGCGAGGCCCUCGCUCACCCGGGCGCCUCCGUUUCGUGGUUCCGUGACGGCCAGCUGUUGCCUAGCGCUAAUACCACCAACGUCAAGAUCUACAACACUCCUGCUGCCUGCUUCCUGGAGGUCACUCCGGAGUCCCAGAAUGACUUUGGCAGUUACAACUGUACGGCUACCAAUGUCAUCGGCACAGAGUCAAAGGAAUUCAUUUUGGUUCAAGCAGAUGUGCCUUCGGCCCCCUCUAUCGAGCGUGUGGAGCCGUAUUCCAGCACAGCAAUGGUGGAGUUUGAUGAGCCUGCCUCCAGUGGAGGAGUGCAUAUCCUCAAGUACAAGGCUGAAUGGAGGAUAGCAGGCCAAGACUGGACUGACAGAGAGUAUGAAGUUGAGGAUGGUCUCAACUUGAUCACCAUUGUUGGGCUGAAGCCAGAGACCACAUAUGAGGUCAAGAUAUCAGCCAUCAACGGCAAGGGUGAAGGAGAAAGCAGCCCUCCUGAGAGCUUUAAAACCCAACCUGUUCGCUCCCCUUUCAAAAUGUCUUCAGAGACUCCAACUUCCAUUCCUCCAACCACUGCCGACCUUAAAGGGGAACCUAAUCCUCCUAAACUGGACGCUAAGCCACUGUCCACAGGCAACGAGAUGAAGGUCCACUGGAUCAAGCAGGACGAUGGGGGCUCUCCCAUCAAACACUAUCUAGUGCGCUACAGAGCUAAGAAUCGCCAGGACUGGAAGCCGGAGAUCCGCCUGCCCAACGGCAGCGAGUACGUUGUUCUGCGAGGUCUAGACUGGAACACGGAGUACGAGGUCAACAUCAUUGCCGAAAACCAGCGAGGACGAUCUGAACCUGGCAAACUCUCCUUCAGGACCUUGCCAGAACCCACCGCCAUCCCAGAAACCAGCUCAGGGUUGAGCACCGGGGCUAUCGUGGGCAUCCUCAUCGUGGUCUUCAUCCUGCUCCUCUUCGGCGUGGAUGUCACAUGCUACUUCCUCAACAAGUGUGGGCUUCUCAUGUGCAUCGCCGUCAACUUCUGCGGCAAGUCUGGGCCCUCUGCCAAAGGGAAGGAUAUCGAGGAGGGAAAAGCCGCUUUCACUAAGGAUGAAUCUAAGGAGCCCAUUGUGGAGGUAAGGACUGAGGAAGAACACACACCAAACCAUGAAGGAGGAGGACCCACCGAACCCAAUGAGACCACCCCUCUGACCGACCCUGAUGGUAAAAUUGUUGUAGAUGACAAAAGUAAAGCGCCGGAGACGGAGGUAAACAACACCCCGGCGGAGGUGAAGACAGUCCCUAAUGAAGCCCCCCAGACGAACGGCAACGAGAGCAAAGCAUGAUCCGGAAUCGGCGAGCGCAGACAGACAGCACCACACCACCACCAUCACAUCUCAAACACAAGGGUCUCUUUCUUCAGUGUCUUUGAGUUCGCAGAACAAAGCACGUCUGUAGAUGUAUAGAGCGCCUAAAGAGCUCGCGCACAUGCCUUUUAUUUUGUACUUUUCGAUUGUUUUUACUAUUGAAAUAUUUCAUUUCUUUCAUCAACGCACGAAGGAAAGAUUCUUUACCUCUAGCGCAGUCUCCUUGACCUCUGUAAGAUCAGUGUCUUUCAAAUACACUCAAUGUCUUUCGAGGAAGUUCAGUAUGAGAAAUACAGUAGAUUUUGCCGUCACACAUUCAGCCCACAGUGCCGUUUCAAUUAUGUCCCGUUUUAUUACAUGCAGUAUUGCCAUUAUUAUUGUCUGCCACAUAUGAAUUUUUGGGGAACAUUUUUUAUGUUUUGUGUUUAAAUAAUGUACAAAAGCAACUGCCUUUUUAUUUUAUUUCUCACAUUAUUUUUUGGGAGUUAGCAAUAGAUUUUUAGCAUGCUUGCUUUGCAGAAUUAUUUUUCUCUGUCUAAUUUGUUUGUUUGUUUUAUCCCAGCCCUAAGUGUUUACAGCAUUUUACAAUGAUAUCCCUCAUUAACACGCCGUUUGCUUCUCUUGCAAACCCGACACAAACGAUCACGCAGGGUAGAGGUCUGAACUAGCAGUUAGGGUUAUACUAUACAAAACACCACUACUACUUGUUUUUCCCGUUUUAUAUUUUCUUUUCUAUUACAACACAUCCCAUUUCCCUUGAACCUUAAGAGUUUCUUCUUUACUUCAGUUCUUUAACAGAAGAUUGAGAUUCAAAGAGGUCUCCCGCAGUGAUCCUCGCUUAAAAACCUCCCGUAAAUCCUUUAAAAAAAACAACUUGGAGCUCUUAGAUAUGGAUCGGACGGCGCGUUGAGAGAAUACAGUUCAAGCGUCGCUGUUGCACUUGUGGCCUAACGAAAACAUCAGGUGCACACGUGUGCGUAACGCUCAUGGGACGUCCCAUAUGAUGUCUGCCUGUUGCUCCAUUGCCCAUAUAAUUGAUAGAUGUUGCAUUAAAAUGAAGCCCUGCCUCUUUGAUACUGAUAAAAAUGCAAAUGUUUGUCAGUUUUUCAUGUCUUCAAUGGCCAAAUUAUUGUUUUACUUUUUAUUUAAGCCAUAGUACACCGGUGUGGAGCGUAGCAUAAAGAAUAUUCAGCCUGACUUUUUUUUGUACAGUGUUUCUCAUUCUUUAGGCUGCAAGCUUGUGCACUGUGAAUGCGUGAAAAUCCUAGUGUGAAUACAGUGUGUUCUUUGUACUAGAAUUACAAAAGAGUUUCCAUAGGUUGUGAAAGCAGUAGCUGUUAGUUUAAACAAUGUUCAUCAUGAUAAGAAAAAAAAAAAAAU